AAAGGAUCAUGGGAGAGUUGGGUCAUGGCAGCUUUUUUUGAGAAAAUCAGUAUGUCAGCGACUGGAUUCCACAGAGGUCCAGACCUGUACAUGGACUGGGACAAGAUGGAGGGGGAGCCGUACGCCUACUUCACGUUCGGAGCGUGUUGCUGUGAGGUGGAGCUGGACCGCCUCACUGGAGACUACAGGACGGUGAGGACAGACCUUGUGAUGGACAUCGGGAAAAGUUUGAACCCCUCAGUGGACAUCGGCCAGAUCGAGGGAGCGUUCAUGCAGGGUUUGGGUCUUUACACCAUGGAGGAGUUGAAGUUUUCCCCCUCUGGGCUCCUGUACACUCGAGGUCCGUCUCAGUACAAGAUCCCUGCGGUCUGCGACGUGCCGCUCUGCUUCAACGUUUAUCUGCUGUCGGACUCCGACAACCCGCACGCCAUCUACUCAUCAAAGGGUAUCGGAGAGCCCGUCCUCUUCCUCGGCAGUUCAGUUUUCUUCGCCAUCAAAGACGCCGUGGCUGCAGCUCGCUCUGAGUCCGGUUUAUCCGGCCCGUUUUCUCUGGACAGCCCAGCAACACCAGAGCGGGCCUGUCUGGCUUGUUCCUCCCCGUUCACUCGGAAGGUAAAAAUGCUGAAAUAUUGGCGUUAUUCUCACACAGCUGCGAACAGUUUGUUCGAGUGUUUGUAUUCACUUUUCACUGUGACUCACUCAACAUGCAUUUUGCUUAAAAUCGACAUUUUUAUACACUAAUAGUCUGCAUAUGUUCAAGUUUUUUUCUCUAAAUUCUUCUCCUGUCUAAGUGUAAAAAUUGUACAAAAUAGCAUUUAAACCUUCAUAUGACACUUUGCACUCCCCGGUGAAAGUAAAGUGACAUUUUUUUUGGAGUUUUUGAGCUUUUUAAGACUGCAUUUAAGUUAAGGAAAGCAGAAACCCACACAGGCAUUCAACUUUUAAAAAGAAAUUACGAACUGAAUGAUUAAAUCAAGUGUUCAAGAGAAAGAAACAAUCCUGUUUGGAAUAUGUUAAAUGUUAAAAUGUUAAAUAUUCAUGAAAGGUGAGUAUUAAUCAG